CACUGAAACCAGCAUUGCUCUAUGUUCAGUUUAAUUAUUAGUGGAUUCUCAGCCAGGUUUAUCUCGUAGUACUCUCAUAAUCAUGUCGGAUUAUAAAGCUCAAGGMUGGUUGGAGUACAGAUGUAAAGGUGGAGAUCUUCUGUUUUACUACAAUAAAAUAACAACAGAGCACAGAUUUCCAAAGUGGGACUUUGAUACAAAGAAAUGGAGUUUGGGAGAGGCUAUCGAGGGCGCUUCUGUGAACAAACAWGUCAMCAUAUCAACGCAAACUGAUGAUACAGGGUGUAGCAAUGGAUGCACAUCAGUGUAUGUAGACAUCGACAAAGCUGAACAACAAGAACAAAACCGAACACGUGAUAUAUGGACACAAAUUAGGAAAGAACUUGUCAGCAUUGAUGAUGUAAAGAGAGAAGUAGAAAAGACCGGCAGUACAACAGCUAAUAAUGCGCAACUGACUGGAGAAGGAAAAAACGACACAAAAGACACGGACACCACCCCAACAAGGUACGAUUCAAGAAGAACGAGUCAUCCUCAGUUGCUUAGAGAAGAAAAUCAAGAAAAUGGAAUAAACCCAUACAAGAAAUCAGAUAAUCACCAUCUCAGACCACAAGGAAGAACKACUAGUCCACUGGUUUUUCCUUUAACUGGAACAGGAAGUGACAGUGAGAGUGAAACCAGCAAUGUAGACAGCACUGUUGAGGAUGAUCCAGACAGCUUCUUGGGUUAUGGAGACCAACUACGCCCAACUAAAGCGACCGAGUGUGCAAGGUUACAAUUAGCUGUUAAURAACUGAACGAAAAUASUAAUAAUUGUAGCACGGAAAAUAGUUUAAAAGCUAGUAAACUCUCUGACAGCACUAACAAAGAAACAUCUCUAGUCACAAGGAACAAAGGAAAGCCACACAUGUGUGAUYAUUGUGGUCGCGCAUUCACCCAUAUUACUGCCUGUAAAUUACAUGAAAAGAUCCAUUCAGGAGAAGAAAAYCAAUAUUACAAGUGUGAAUAUUGCAGUCAGACAUUUAGACUUCGACGAGCUCUUAGAGUACAUCAGCGCACAGUCCACAUUGAAAGAAUGUUUAAAUGUACGUCCUGUGACAAAAUGUAUAAAACUAARCAAGGCCUUGUAUUGCACGAGGCCGUUCAUGAUCCAAACAACAAGCCACACCAGUGUCAGUAUUGCAASGCGGCAUUUCGAUGCUUAACGGAAUGUAUAAGACAUAUGCGCAUUCACAGCGGGGACCAAACAGGUGAAAAGCCAUUUCAAUGUCAAUAUUGCAGCAAGACAUAUAAAAACAGAAGUACGCUUGCAAYACACUUGCGCAAUCACACUGGAGAAAAGCCAUACAAGUGUGAAUAUUGCGCAAAGACUUUCAGAUUUURCGSAKCACGUACACWGCACAUGCGCGUACACACAGGAGAGAAGCCAUACAAGUGUCAAUAUUGCAGCAAGACAUUCAGAAGAAAUUCACAUUGCAAGUCGCACGAGCGUAUUCAUUCUGGUGAGAAACUAUUCAAAUGCAAGGAUUGUGGCAUGGCAUUCACGCAUGAUUACAAGUUAGAAAGACAUCAGUAUUCACACUCUGCUGAAAAGCCAUUCAAAUGUCAGCAAUGUGCAAAGACAUUUAUAACCAGCAGCGAACUUAAGAGACAUCAUCGUGUUCAUUCGGGAGAGAAGCCAUUUAAAUGCAAGCAUUGCGACAAAGCAUUUUCGAGUAACAGCCACUGCAUUAGGCAUGAGCGCAUUCACUCAGGAGAAAAACCUUUUAAGUGCRAACACUGCGAUAAAGCAUUCAAAUCAUCGAGUGACCUCAAAAGACAUGAGAUUUCCAUGCAUUUAGAAGUAAAAGCAUUUAAAUGCAAAUAUUGCGACAAGGCAUUUGCACUUAGUAGCAAUCGUAGGCAACACGAACUCCUUCAUUCAGGAGUGAAGCCUUACAAAUGCAGUCAUUGUCGCAAAUCAUUUGCAACACGAAAUCAUCGCAAAUUGCAUGAGCGUGUGCAUACAGGGGARAAGCCAUACAAAUGCAAAUUUAACAAUUGUGACAAAAAAUUUAGCAAUUCUUCUUGCUUAAAGAGACACGAGAACUGCCAUACUAAACCAUUUAAAUGCAAGCUCUGUGGAWUGGCCUUUGAUCGGUCCAGUCGGUUGAAAAAACAUGAAGAGACACAUGUUGAUGAAACUGUUUCCUCUUCAGCGAUCUUUUCUCUAGUCAAAAAUCAGAAUAUUUCUUUUCGAGAUACAUCUUCAUUGAAUAAGAUAAUGUCCGAAUCUGACACCCAGGGCUGGUKGGAGUACAGAUGUAAAGGGGGAGAUCUUCUGUUUUACUACAAUAAAAUAACAACAGARCACAGAUUUCCAAAGUGGGACUUUGAUUUACAGAAAUGGAGCUUGGGAGCAUCCAUUGAAGGUGAUGCUGUCAACACCCGUGUCACCACAUCAACACAAACUGAUGAUACAGGGUGUAGGAAUGGUUGCACAUCAGUGUAUGUAGAUAUUUUCCAGGGAACAGGGAGUGACAGUGAAAGUGGAUCAAGUAGCACUGAGUUGUAUAGUGCCAAUGAAGGUGAUUCAGAUAUCACUACUAGAGGCAGAUCAACGAGAACGACACAAAGCACAUCUACCUCUGAAAAAGAUGUCAAUCAAUCCAACAGUUCCAAGUUGAAAAAGAAAACAACAAGAGAGAGUAUCUGUCACUCSAUCAAAGCAGACAAAAAUUGUAGCCACAAGGAAAUCUCUGCAGAAAAAGAAAAAUUCCCAAAGUGUAGAUUUUGUGGUAGAGCAUUCACACAUAUAAGGGCUUGUAAAGUCCAUGAAAAGAACCAUGAACAUGAAAAACGAKUUGAUAACAGUUCUAMGAAUCAAAGRAACCCAAMAACAGACRAUGAAUUACUUGUCAACAGCAAAGGUAAACAUUCAAGUGUCCACACAAAGUUAGCAAAGAAAAAAUCUCAUAAGUGCAGACAUUGUGGUCAAGCAUUUACACAUGUAAGUGCCUGCAGAAUCCAUGAGAAGGUUCAUGUACAGGGCAGACUGGAUGCUGGAAAUGUUAGUUCCAAUAGUGAAAACAACAGAAGCACAGACCRUCCAUUACUUGACACUGCAAGUACCUCCUCUGACAGYCAUGAUAAAGAUACACAUUCUACUCACAGGGGUGCAUUAAUAAAAGAAAAUUCUCACAAUUGCAGACACUGUGGUAAAGCAUUCAUGCAUGCUAUUGCGUGUAAAAUCCAUGAAAAGACCCAUUUAAACAAACCAUUCAAGUGCAGAUUUUGUACCAAAACGUGCAGAUGUAAAUGGGAUGUUAACCACCAUGAGUAUCUUGUUCACUCAGACAAAAUACCAUUUCAGUGCAAGUUUUGUGACAAGAGAUUCAAAUGGAAACGGGACUGUGCAAGUCACAUGCGCAUUCACACUGGAGAGAAGCCAUACCAGUGUAAAUAUUGCAGUAAGACAUUCCGAUUGAGCAGUCAAUGUGCAACCCACAUGCGUGUCCACACAGGAGAGAAGCCAUACAAGUGUCAAUAUUGCUGCAAGACAUUCAGAAGAAAUGAACAUUGCAAGUCGCAUGAGCGUAUUCAUUCUGCUGAGAAACCAUUCAAAUGCAGGGAUUGUAGCAAGACAUUCAGACAUAGAACUAGUUUAGAAAGACAUCAAUAUUCACACUCUGCUGAAAAGCCAUACAAAUGUCAGCAAUGUGUAAAGACAUUUGUAACCACCAGGGAACUUAAGCAACAUCAUCGUGUUCAUUCGGGAGAGAAGCCAUUUAAAUGCAAGCAUUGCGACAAAGCAUUUUCGUGUAACAGCCACUGCAUUAGGCAUGAGCGCAUUCACUCAGAAGAAAGACCUUUUAAGUGCAAACACUGCGAUAAAGCAUUUAAAUCGUCAAGAGAACUCAAAACACAUGAGAUUUCCAUGCAUUUAGGAGUAAAAGCAUUUAAAUGCAAAUAUUGCGACAAGGCAUUUGCACUUAGUAGCAAUCGUAGGCAACACGAACUCCUUCAUUCAGGAGUGAAGMCAUAUAAGUGCAGUCAUUGUAGCAAAUCAUUUGCAACACGAAAUCAUCGCAAAUUGCAUGARCGUGUGCAUACAGGGGAGAAGCCAUAUCAAUGCCAAUAUUGCAACAAAAAAUUUAGCAAUUCUUCUUGCUUAAGGAGACACGAGAACUGCCAUACUAAACCAUUUAAAUGCAAGCUCUGUGGCCUGGCCUUUAAUCGGUCCAGUCGGUUGAAAAAACAUGAACAGACACAUUGAAACUCCCUAAAAAGAGUAACAUUACAUGCUAAUAAUUUAGUGCUAUUUAGCAGCCCAGAAAAGUAAUUAACUAUUAGCUGCCCUAGAAUAUAAGCUCCUUCGAGAAAUUCACAGAGAUAAAAUGUGAUUAAAUUUUUAACUCAAAUUAACUUAAUUAGUUAAGUAUAAAUUUAGUUAAAAAUCACUUAAUUAUUGUAAUAAAUUCAUGAAUACA